AUGUUUGGAGCAUUCCCUCUGGAUAUGAGUCAGUACAAAUCGUUAUUUGGUGGUUCACGUAUUCCGCAGAAACAAAAAGAUUGGCUUUACCACUGCGGUGAUUCAAAACAUUUUAUUGUUUUGCGUGGCGGCCAAAUCUAUGCUGUUGAUUUGUUUGACAAGGACGGAACGAUUGCGCCAUCAGAGCAAAUUCAUGCAUGCUUAUCCACCAUAUUAGGUGAACAAAGCAGCUGUGAAUCGGAGAACUGCGUUGGAUCGCUGACUUCACUGGGACGGGAUCAGUGGGCUGAGGCUCGAUCCGAGCUCUUUGCAAUUGGCCAGAAUGCAGUGAAUUUGACACUGAUCGAUAGUGCUUUGUUUGCUGUUUGUUUGGAUACAGAAAAAAGCGAUGAUCCAAGGCGUCUUGUUCAAGGGCUACUAGUUGGUGACGAUGCUUCGAACAGAUGGUUCGAUAAGUGCUUUCAGUUGAUUGUUGAUGCAAAUGGGAUGGCAACGAUAAAUUUUGAGCAUAGCUGGGGUGACGGUGUUGCAGUACUUCGCCUCAUGGAAGAAUCAUUCCGUGAUGCAAAUCGAAAUCAUUUUGUCGAGCCCAAACAACUUUUUUUUGCAGAUUUUACCCUCUCGGAAUCAUUGCGCCAAAAAAUCAAGGAUGCCCAGGAAAAACAUAUUGCUGUUGGUUCCAGGUUGCGUAUCGGUACCGCCGAAUAUUUCGGGAUGAAUCGAAAAUUUAUCAAACGAUCGAAAUUGUCACCGGAUUCGAUUAUGCAACUCGCCGUUCAACUUGCUUUUUAUAAACUUUUCAACGAAUUUGUUCCAACUUACGAAUCGUGCAGUACUGCAGCUUUUUUGAAGGGUCGAACUGAGUGCGUACGUUCAGCCACGUGUGCGACACGUGAUGCAGUUUUGGCAGUCGAAAAUGGUCAGGGCGAUUUAGCGGAAUUGUUAAAAAAGUGCUCAGCAGUGCAUUCGCAGAUGAUUAAAGAAGCCGCAACAGAAUUAUUCAACAGUGACGUUUACCAGUACAUGAAUCGAUUCGUUAUAUCAACAUCCACUCUGGCAACGGAAACAGUAGUUCUUGGUGGAUUUGGUCCGGUAGUUUCGGAUGGUUUUGGAAUUGCCUACAACGUUGUGCCAGCGAAAAUGGGCGCUGUUAUCUUGUCUUAUAAUGGGCAGCGUGAUGCCACCAUUUUUGCGGAUGCGCUUCUGGAAAGUUUGGAUAUUUUAAAGAAUACGAUCGAAAAGAAAUUGCUAAUUUAA